CGGAAAGAGAAGGGAUCAAAACAAGUUCUUCGUUCAGAGUGAUGCAACAGUGCCAACACUCGAUGACAGGAGCUCUCUCGCUUUCCAUCGCUUCCCCUCGGAUAUGUAGCUGACCCCAACUAAUACUGGAAGAGCUCAUUCAAAUUCUGGAGCUGCAAUGGGUUAUACUGCGCAGGACUUGUUCAAGACUAAGAUAUGCGAGUACUACAAGGAAGGACGUUGUCCACGUGAAAAAUGUACCUUUGCUCACGGUGAAGCGGAGCUCAGAAGGCUCCCUCCCCAGAGAGGGAGAGGUUACGACCAGUGGAGGGGUCCCCUUCCAGGUCAUCUGGACAGGAGAGGUCCCAGACAGUAUUCUCCAAGACCUAGGUCACGAACUCCACCCGACUACCGAGAUACCAAUGGUCGCUGGGAACCACGCGCUCCCUUAGCGGAACGCCUUGGAGACAGGCGGCCACUCAGGCGCUCAGGGACACCAGGUUCUCCUUCCAGCCGAGAGCCCUCCCCUAAGCGUGCUCGAGUGGAUGCCAGCCCGGAUGCUCCCAGACACUCUUCUAGCAACGAGGGGCGGGGAAGAGAGCGGGACAGCGAGCGGGAUGAGGACUCACAUGAGAACGAGCGCGAGCGUGAGCGCGAGCGCGAGCGCGAGCGUGAGCGCGAGCGCUCUGCAUCUCCUCAGCGGUCUCAGUCUCCCCUCAAUGAUGCUCGGCACGCGCAGCUUGCAAAGAGGCUUGCAGAGGAGAGAGCGGCCAAUGAGGAGUUGGAGGCUAAGUUGGCUGCCUACGAGGAUAUCCGCUCGGAGCUUCCUGAGUUGCAAGCAGAGAAUGAGCGCCUAACAAAGAUCAACAUGGCGCAGAAAGAGAAGCUGGAGAUCAUGCAGGACUUGGUCGACAGAAAGAACAGGGACAUUGUGGAGAAGGACAUCAAGCUGGCCAAGCUCCAGAAACGGUCAAAGGCCGCGGAGGACAACACGUGGGCGGUCGGGCAGUUGAAGAAGCUGGCCAAGGCUGACCAGCAAAAGAGAUUGGCUGAGCAGCAGUACCGGCAGCUGCUGGACGAGGCCCUUGAGGUGCUGCGCGAUCACCCCGCCCUGGUCGACGACGGCGCCGACGUGUUCGCCAUCCCAAAAGCGGACGGCCUCCGCCUGGAGGGGCGGCAGAAGGCAGACCACGGCCCCGGGGCGAACGGCACCCUCGAGGAGAAGACCCGCAGGGCGGCAAUUGUGGAGAAGUCCCCGAUCAAAAACACGGAACCCCCAAACCACGAGAUGCGGUCGCCGAACGCUAUGGUGCUGCGAGAGAGGGGUCACGAGGGGGACGGUGAUCCGCCGCUAACGCGAGAGGGUUCCGGUCGGUUGUGGCGGGCGGGGGCCAGACCGUAUGGGGGGGGCCAGGCGAGGGGCGACGCCUGGGACGUUGCCAAAGGGGACGAGGAUGGGGCGGCGAACAAGGGGGAGGCCGGCCUGGCGAAAUACCCGGCAGAUAUGGAGAGGCUGACACGGAAGGUCCAGACCGCAGCACAGAGCGAGGUGGGAGGGGGCUUCUUCAAAACCCCGGCGAAUGUGGUGCGCAAUACCAAGCGCUUUGAGGAAGCUAGCGGCUUGGGCCCGGGGGCCAGGGGGAGAGGGGGGGCGACUGAGAAGGCACCGGCGGAGGAGCGCGCCACUGCUACCAAUGGAGGGAGGUCGCCGCCGGAGGCGGGAGAGUACACGGAGACGGCCAAGGAGGAGUUCCGGAACAUGGCGUAUCCUAUGCCCAUUGUAAAGGACACGGUCAUGCAAGCAUGUUAUGAAGAGACUUCCGAGGCCGUCAAUAUCGGAUAGGGCUGCCCCUUGAGUAGCUUCUCAGAGGCAAGAGACGAAUGAAAUGGUUCGGUUGAAUGAAUCUAGCGAGAUGGCAACUCGAAAAGAGUUGUCGAGGACCAACUCUUAGAAAGCAGGUGCAGGGAGUGUCCAUGCAAUCUCGUGGGAUCAGCGCAAGAGUGCUGGUUCAACAAUACACGAGUAUGUAUUCACUUAACUUUAUGUUACACCCUGGCGGAUCCGAGUGUCGGCAGCUUGUGGAACUUCGGAUAGUACAUCAAUAGUUGCGUACAGUGGUAAGGACUGUGUUGGGUACAGGGCCAGGCAGGAGGGAGCGCUUUCUGAACCUGUGAAAACUUGGAACACAACUGGAGUUGCUCUUGUUGGAUACUGAUAUGUCCAAAGGAGAGACGCGUGUAUUCAACGCCAUGCAUGAUCAACUCCUUUUAUGAGGAUUAAGUUUUAGAGUUCGAAGCCGCAUGGGGUACAU